GCGAGAGCGGGAAGGGCCAGAGGAGAGGGGCGGAGCUGGCGCGUCAGGCUGAGCUGAGCUAACAGACUUUCUUUCCCUCGAGAUAGUUAGACUGCUUGGGCGCAGGGGUGGGCCCCGAGGCCAAAAGCCAAAAGAACUGCCUUGGCCGCCGGAGGCCCUCCAGCCCUAGCCCUGGGGCCUAGGAAACGGCUCUUCCUCAACCAGCCCCCACCCUCCUCACUCGGGCGCGCACCUCGCUCCCUGACGCAUUUUGCCGCACAAGCUGUAAUAUGGCGGCAGCGACGGCAGCCUGAACUCUCGGGAGCUUGGCCGAUUUUUGAUGCUUCAGAACCGAAUAAAAAGAUUGGUUUGGCUCAAUUAUCAUUGGCGUUUUAGUUUUUUCAAUUUAAAGAUUGAAUGAAGUAUUGGAACCAUGGGAAUAAAGGUUCAGCGUCCUCGAUGUUUUUUUGAUAUUGCCAUUAACAAUCAACCUGCUGGAAGAGUGGUCUUUGAAUUGUUUUCUGAUGUGUGCCCCAAAACAUGCGAGAACUUUCGUUGUCUUUGUACAGGAGAAAAGGGGACAGGGAAAUCAACUCAGAAGCCAUUACAUUAUAAGAGUUGUCUCUUUCACAGAGUUGUUAAGGAUUUUAUGGUUCAGGGUGGUGACUUCAGUGAAGGAAAUGGAAGAGGAGGAGAAUCUAUUUAUGGGGGAUUUUUUGAAGAUGAGAGUUUUGCUGUUAAACACAACAAAGAAUUUCUUUUGUCGAUGGCCAACAGAGGGAAAGACACAAAUGGUUCACAGUUUUUCAUAACCACGAAACCAACUCCUCACUUAGAUGGGCAUCAUGUUGUUUUUGGACAAGUGAUCUCUGGUCAAGAAGUUGUGAGAGAGAUAGAAAACCAGAAAACAGAUGCGGCUAGCAAACCAUUUGCUGAGGUACGGAUACUCAGCUGUGGAGAGCUGAUCCCAAAAUCUAAAGUUAAAAAAGAAGAAAAGAAAAGGCAUAAAUCAUCAUCCUCUUCCUCUUCAUCAUCCAGUGAUUCAGAUAGCUCAAGUGAUUCUCAGUCCUCUUCUGAGUCUUCUGAUUCUGAAAGUGCUUCUGAAGAGAAAUCAAAAAAGAGAAAAAAGAAACAUAGAAAAAAUUCCCGGAAACACAAGAAAGAAAAGAAGAAGAGAAAGAAAAGCAAGAAAAGUGCAUCUAGUGAAAGUGAGGCUGAAAAUCCUGAAGCACAACCCCAGUCUACUGUCCGUCCAGAAGAGAUCCCUCCUAUACCAGAAAAUAGAUUUCUCAUGAGAAAAAGUCCUCCAAAAGCUGAUGACAAGGAACGGAAAAACAGAGAGAGAGAACGAGAAAGAGAGUGUAAUGUGCCUAACUCCCAGCCUGCUUCAUACCAGAGACGACUCUUAGUUACUAGAUCUGGCAGAAAAAUUAAAGGAAGAGGACCAAGGCGUUAUCGAACUCCUUCCAGAUCCAGAUCAAGGGAUCGUUUCAGACGUAGUGAGACUCCUCCACAUUGGAGGCAAGAGAUGCAGAGAGCUCAACGAAUGAGGGUAUCCAGUGGUGAAAGAUGGAUCAAAGGGGAUAAGAGUGAGUUGAAUGAAGUGAAAGAAAAUCAAAGGAGCCCAGUUAGAGUAAAAGAGAGAAAAAUAACUGAUCAUAGGCAUGCAUCUGAAAGCCCAAACAGAAAAGAUGAAAAGGAAAAGAAAGUUAAAGACCAUAAAUCUGACAGCAAAGAGAGAGAAAUCAGAAGAAAUUCAGAAAAAGAAGAUAAAUAUAAUAAAAACAAACUGAAGAAAAGGGCCAAAUCUAAAAGUAGGAGUAAAAGCAAAGAGAAAUCAAAGAGUAAGGAAAGAGAUUCAAAACAUAACAGACAUGAUGAAAAGAGAUUGCAGUCAAGGAGUAAAGAAAGAGAUCAUGAGAAUAUUAAAGAAAAAGAAAAGCAAUCUGAUUCUAAAGGAAAAGAUGAGGAAAGGAGUAGAAGUAAAGAGAAGUCUAAGCAGAUAGAAUCAAAAAGUAAUGAGCACGAUCAUAGUAAAAGUAAAGAAAAGGAUAGACGUGCACAGUCCAGGAGUAGAGAACGCGAUGGAACUAAAGGUAAACACAGUUACAAUAGUAGAACAAGGGAACGAAGCAGAAGUAGGGACAGGAGCAGAAGAGUGCGAUCCAGAAGCCAUGACAGAGAUCGCAGCAGAAGCAAGGAGUACCAUAGAUACAGAGAGGAGUACAGGAGAAGAGGAAGGUCACGAAGCCGAGAGAGAAGAGGAACUCCAGGAAGAUCAAGAAGUAAAGAUAGGAGGAGGAGGAGGAGAGAUUCUCGGAGCUCAGAGAGAGAAGAAAGUCAGAGCAGAAACAAGGAAAAACAUAGAAACCAAGAAAGUAAGAGCUCACACAGAAAAGAAAAUUCUGAGGGUGAGAAAAGAAUGUACUCUAAAAAUCGUGAUCAUAAUAGCUCAAGUAGCAACAGGGAAAAAAAGGCUGAUAGAGAUCAAAGUCCAUUCUCAAAAAUAAAACAAAGCCAAGACAGUGAAUUGAAGUCCUCCGCAUCAAAAACUAAGGAGGACGAGAAGACCAGAUCCUCAGUGGAAAAUGAAAACCAAAAAUCAAAAGCUCCAGAAAAUGACCAUGUACAUGAUAAAAACAAAAAAAAUGAUCAUGAAUCAAGCCCUGGAACAGAUGAAGACAAAAGUGGAUGAAUGAGUUGUGUAAAUUUAUUUCCUUUCUGUCUCAAAAUACAAGUUUUAGAGACUUGCUGAUGAAUAUCUUUUAUGUUGUUUUCAUUGUUUUUUGGGUUGUUUUAUGUCUCUUUUGUUUUUUUAUUUUAUUUUUUUUUUAAUGUGGACUUCAUUGAGUUGAUCUUUUGAUAAUCUGCAACCUGGAUAAUUUGUACUGCUAAAGUUUUAAUAAACUUGAAAUGAGAAAAACAUUUUGGUGUAACACUGUGUGCUAUGUUGAACUAUUUUUUAUGUAGGCAUUUUUGUGUUGCAGUAAUCAGCCAACAGCAUCCUAAUUUGUUUAAUCAGCCAUUUGGAAAUAAGCAUAACGUAUGGUUGCACUCGAUUGUUACAAAGCUUGUGUUUGUUGCGAUUAGAGUAAUUAGAUACCACUAGAGGAAAUUUUGUGUAGAUUUCAUGAUUGCAUUUAUAAUAGAGGCUUGUAGCAAUGUAUUUUAAUUACACAGAAGCAGGAUCCUAAUAAUUUGAG